AUGGAUCAGGAUUCUAAUGAGGAAGCAGCAGCACAUCAAGAAGUUGUGGUAGUGGUGGUUCCGUUACCAUCACAAGGACAUCAAAACCAGUUACUUCACUUUUCUCGACUUUUUUCUACGCAUGGAAUACCGGUAUACUACGUCGGUUCAGCUGUGCACAACCAUCAAGUGAAGACCCGUAUGCAUGGAUGGAACGACUUCUCUGACAACUCCAACUUCCAUUUCCAUGAUUUUCCAACUCCAUUUUACGAUCUCAACCAAAAUGAGCUUCCCGUUUCUCUUGACAAUAUCGUUUCUAGACAUGUCGCGAACAAAUUCCCUUUACACCUUAUUGAAUCCUUAUUUGAGGUCCUUAUAAACCUUGAAGAACCCAUUUCUGAACUACUAAACUCUCUCUCACUGAUUGCUCGACGAGUCGUAGUUGUUCAUGACCCUCUCAUGGCAUUUGUUGCUAAAGAAGCUUCUUCCAUUCCAAAUGGAGAAUCAUAUUGUUUCAAUGUUUGUUCAGCCUUUGGUCUCCUGUAUUUUAAAUGGGUGAGUCUUGGAUGCUCAUAUUCGAUACCUAACAUUCAGACUCUUUGCGAGUACUUAACUGCUGAUGAUCAUCUCUCAAAAAUUGACGGUUCCUUUCCUGACGCCUUUCUGGCGCUUAUUGCUUCACAAAUGGAAUUCCAACAAUUUGAUGUUGGUGAACUUCAUAACACAUGUUAUCCAUUAGAAAGUAAGUUUAUCGAUCUGUUAGGCCAAGAGCCAUUUCUUGCGCAAGACCAUCGGCAGUGGGCAUUAGGUCCAUUGAACGCCGUAACACUCAAUUCAACAGAGAGCUCCGCCGAGUCCCGUCAUGAAUGCUUGGUAUGGCUAAAUAGCCAACCAAAGAAUUCAGUUCUUUAUGUGGCGUUCGGGGCAACAAUAACAUUAUCACACGAAGACAUUAUGGAGCUCGCAACUGGACUUGAGUAUAGUGAACAGAGGUUUAUUUGGGUCUUGAGAGAAACAGAUCGGCCAGACGCUUUUGUUGAUGGCGGCGAAGCUUGCAACAUCGAAUUACCAGAAGGUUAUGAAGAGAGGAUGGAAGGCAUUGGUAUGAUAGUCAGGGAUUGGGCACCACAAAUCGAGAUCUUGGCACACCCAUCAACUGGAGGAUUCUUGAGCCACUGUGGUUGGAACUCAUGCAUGGAGAGUUUUACUAUGGGUGUGCGAGUGGGAAAGUAG